CACCAAGUAGAUACAACUGCGGAGUCCUUUUCUGACGCUACCGAAGAGCUCGAGCUUUCCGCUGACGAUGUUCCCAUUGCUCGGGGAGAAGCCUCUGCACCGAUCUUUCGCCGUCAAUCUGGGUCUUUCGGGAGUGGAGGUAGUUCUUGGUUUCAGCCUCAAUUAAAGUCCCG